AUGAAUGGCACUGACAUGGAGGAAAUACCGUUUCAGAAAGUCAAAACCAGGCGGAAGAGAAGUCACUGCCCACCGGGUGUCCCUUUGACCACCAUCGUGUGUGAGGACGAGUUCGACUGCAAGGAGCUCGAGUCCCUCUUCCAGAACUACAACCUGAAACUGGAGCAGACGUCCACUCUCAAAGCCCUGGCCGUGCUCAUCUUCAUGUCCUCGACACUGGCCGUGGUGGAGUUGCUGUCCGGCCCCAGCCUCACCAUCUCCAAGGGGUCCCAUCCGGUCCACUGUGUCAUCUUCGUCUCCCUGUUCAUCGUAACUAAUGUCAAGUACCUGCAAGUGACUCAGCUCCAACAGAUUGUUAACCUGACGCUGCUCUUCUGCUUCACCUUCUCCUUCCUCUGCUGUCCCUUCUCCCUGGGCGCAAUGGGGAUGGAGCCCCCGACGUCCCCGGAGCAAGGGAUGUGGCAGCUCAUCCUGGUCACCUUCGUCGCCUACGCGCUCCUACCUGUGCGGACACUCUUGGCCGUUGUGGUUGGAAUAAUGGUGUCCAUCUCGCAUUUGAUAGUGACCGCCACUUCUGUCACAGUGAAAACGCAGAAACUGUGGAGAACGUUGGUUGCCAACACAGUGCUGUUCACCAGUGUCAACUUGUCAGGGUUGUUUGUGCGCAUCCUGACAGAACGAGCCCAGAGGAAGGCCUUCCUGCAGGCUCGCAACUGCAUUGAAGAGAGACUCCGCAUGGAGGACGAGAACGAGAAGCAGGAGCGCCUGCUAAUGAGUCUGUUGCCCAGGAACGUAGCUAUGGAGAUGAAAGAGGAUUUCCUCAAGCCCCCAGAACGGAUCUUUCACAAAAUCUACAUCCAGCGCCAUGACAAUGUCAGCAUCCUGUUUGCAGAUAUAGUGGGUUUCACCAGCCUGGCCUCCCAGUGUACAGCCCAGGAACUGGUUAAACUACUAAAUGAGCUGUUUGGAAAGUUUGAUGAGCUUGCCACGGAGAAUCACUGUCGCAGGAUUAAGAUCCUGGGGGAUUGUUACUACUGUGUGUCUGGACUGACCCAACCCAAGACUGACCAUGCCCACUGCUGUGUAGAGAUGGGUCUGGACAUGAUUGACACCAUAACGUCAGUAGCAGAGGCCACAGAAGUUAACCUGAACAUGCGCGUGGGCUUGCAUACAGGUCGGGUGCUCUGCGGAGUGCUGGGCCUCAGAAAAUGGCAAUACGAUGUUUGGUCCAACGAUGUGACCCUGGCCAAUGUGAUGGAGGCUGGAGGACUACCCGGGAAAGUCCACAUCACCAGAUCUACACUGGAGUGCCUAAAUGGAGACUAUGAGGUGGAGCCUGGAAAUGGUCAUGAAAGGAACGCCUUCCUCCAAAAACAUGAAAUUGAAACCUUCUUUAUAGUGCCAUCUCACCGACGGAAGAUAUUCCCAGGAUUGAUUCUUUCGGAUAUAAAGCCCGCCAAAAAGAUGAAGUUCAAAACUGUGUGCUACUUACUAGUGCAGCUUAUGCACUGCAGGAAGAUGUUCAAGGCUGAGAUUCCCUUCUCCAAUGUCAUGAACUGCGAGGACGGUGAUAAGCGGAGGGCCAUGCGGACGGCUCCACAGAAGCUGAGGAAUCGUUCUAACACUAACCAGGCUAACGUGAUCCAGAGCAGCCCGAGAACCCGGGUCAACCGCUACAUCGGACGCCUGAUCGAGGCCCGCCAGACCGAGUCGGACACGGCAGACCUCAACGUCCUCACACUCAUGUAUAAGUGCUCUGAGCGCGAACAGAGGUACCACCAGGUUCCUGAUGAGUACUUCACAAGCGCAGUGGUCCUCUCUCUGAUCCUAGCUGCCUUGUUUGGCCUUGUCUACCUUCUCAUCAUACCACAGGGCACAGUGAUACUAGUCCUUCUCGUCUUCUGCAUCUGUUUCUUAGUAGCUUGUAUCAUGUACCUGCAUAUCACUAGAGUACAGUGUUUUCCAGGGUGCCUGACCAUUCAGAUUCGCACUGCUCUCUGUAUUCUCAUAGUGCUCUUAAUCUACGCUGUGGCCCAGGCCUGUGUGGUGGGCUGUAUGCCCUGGUUGUGGGGUAGUGCCAACACCAACAGCUCCAUUGUCAUCAUUGAUGUGGACAGCGGCGCCAACCACACCAUGGCGGAGCUGCCUUGUGAUGGAGCCCGCUACGCCUUUCUUUCCUGCGUGGUGGGCACCCUCACCCUGGCACUUUUCCUGCGGGUCUCCUGGCUGCCAAAGAUGGCGCUAAUGCUCCUUCUGGGGGUGCUGUAUGUCACCGUGUUGGAGCUCAGCGGCUUUCGCAAGACUGCAGGUGGGGGGUCCUUCCACAUCCGGGGCUAUGAGCCCAUCCUGUCUCUGUUGCUCUUUGUCAGUGCCCUGGCCCUCCACUCCAGGCAACUUGACCUCAAACUACGCCUGGACUUCUUAUGGGCUGUGCAGGCGGAGGAGGAAAGAGACGGCAUGGAGAAAGUCAAGCUGGACAACAGGAGGAUUCUCUUCAACCUCCUGCCCGCACACGUGGCUCAACACUUCCUUAUGUCAAACCCCAGGAACAUGGUGAGCCUCGCUAAUAGACAGGCAGGCAGACAGGCAGAAAAACAGGAUCUGUACUAUCAGUCCUACGCACAAGUAGGUGUCCUGUUUGCCUCCAUCCCAAACUUCAACGAUUUCUACAUCGAGCUGGAUGGGAACAACAUGGGAGUGGAGUGCCUCAGACUCUUGAAUGAGAUCAUUGCUGACUUUGAUGAGCUCAUGGAUAAGGAGUGCUACAAAGACAUAGAGAAAAUCAAAACCAUUGGCAGUACAUACAUGGCAGCUGUGGGCCUCGUCCCCACCAUUGGUACCAAGGCCAAAAAAUCUGUUUACGACCAUCUUAGCACAAUAGCAGACUACGCCAUUGAGAUGUUUGACGUUCUGGAUGAAAUCAACUAUCAGUCGUACAAUGAGUUCGUCCUGAGAGUGGGCAUCAAUGUUGGUCCAGUGGUUGCAGGGGUGAUCGGGGCACGGCGACCUCAGUAUGACAUUUGGGGAAACACAGUGAAUGUGGCCAGUCGGAUGGACAGCACUGGAGUACCUGGAAAGAUACAGGUGACCGAAGAGGUCUAUCGCCUACUGAAUACCAACUAUGACCUGGUGUGUCGUGGCAAAGUCAGUGUUAAGGGUAAAGGUGAGAUGCUGACCUAUUUCCUGGAAGGGAAGGUUCAGGGCGUGGGCACCGCAACCACUUCUUCAGUGGUGCGUUCCGCCAGCUUGGCGCGUCGGAUCCACUCCUGUGGGAAGACUAGCGUCCCAACCAAUCUGGGCAGCGUCUCCUCUGCCGCCAGCCUGACUGCUCAUGCCAGCAUGGGCAGCAACAUUCAGAUGAACACUGCCAACAGCAGCAACAGCCAAACAACAUGCCUGCCCUCAUCCUGCGUGCCCGCAGUGGGCGAGGAGGACGAGGAGGAGGGCAUAGAGGUGACAGAGAUUGAGAUUGAGGCUGUGGCAGCUGUUGCAGAUGUAGCAGUGUAG